UUAUCAUCCAUUUCUCUCCCUCUGGAUCGAGACAAAAAAAAAUCUCCGAUCCACUCUUCUCUCCGAUCACCGUAAAGAUCAAGGUUUAUUUGAUCUAUUUUGAAACUUAGGGCUUGUGAGUUUGAUUCGGAAGGGCAUCUGAGGAUGGGGUGUUGUUUGUUGCGUAUAGAAUAAGAAACAAGUUAGGGUGAGAUUUGAUUUGUGUAGAUGGUGACGAUGAAGAGCUCUUUGAUGAAGGAAUUGGUUAGAGGUUUCAGGAGGCAAAGGAUCAGAUGGAGAAACGCGUUUCUUGUCGGUUCUAUUAUGACCACUAUUGUUAUUCUUCUUCACACACCCACGUUUUCUAUCUUCUCUGAUGAUGAAGAAACUGACUCUUCUUCUUCACCUAUUUACUUGAACGGUUCUCUUCAUUUGAAUAUCCAAAUUGUUAGAGAAGCAAAGGUUGAAACCUUUUCUUCUCUUACAACAACUCCUGUAGUGAAAAUGAAUACUUCCUCCGAGUUCAAACGUGUAGUUGAAGAAACCGAAACCGUUAUUCAAAUAAAAAGGCGAAAAAGGAAGAGAAGAAAGAAGAUAAAAGACGAUCUCAUUCUCACUGAUCCUCCACCAGCACCACGACAUGUUCUUUCCUCCUCAGAGAGACGAGCUCUAUCAUUGCCACCAAAGGAAGCUUUAGCUUUUGCAAAAUUAGAGAUUCAACGAGCCCCAGAAGUCGUGAAUGACACCGAACUCUUUGCUCCCGUGUUUCGUAAUCUCUCCAUUUUCAAAAGGAGUUAUGAGCUUAUGGAACUUAUUUUAAAGGUUUACAUAUAUCCCGACGGAGAGAAACCCAUAUUCCACCAACCACAUUUAAAUGGUAUAUAUGCUUCAGAAGGUUGGUUCAUGAAGCUAAUGGAGUCAAACACACAGUUUGUCACAAAGAACCCUGAGAAGGCUCACUUGUUCUACAUGCCAUACAGUGUGAAACAGCUUCAACAUGCUAUCUUUGUUCCUGGAUCACAUAACAUCAAACCUUUAUCGAUCUUUCUUAGAGACUAUGUCAACAUGCUCUCCAUCAAAUACCCUUUCUGGAACCGCACUCACGGAUCCGAUCAUUUCCUAGUCGCUUGUCACGAUUGGGGUCCUUACACGGUGAGUGAGCACCCGGAGCUAAGAAGAAACACUAUUAAAGCCCUAUGUAACGCAGAUUUAUCAGAUGGAAUCUUCGUUCCCGGGAGAGACAUUUCUCUCCCGGAAACUUCCAUAAGAAACGCUGGGAGACCGCUGCGUAACAUAGGAAACGGCAACAGAGUUUCUCAACGUCCUAUCCUCGCUUUCUUUGCUGGAAACCUACACGGUCGUGUCCGUCCACAGCUUCUAAAACACUGGAGAAACAAAGAAGACGACAUGAAAAUCUACGGUCCGCUUCCACACAACGUAGCUCGUAAAAUGAGUUACGUGCAACACAUGAAGUCAAGCAAAUACUGUCUAUGUCCAAUGGGCUACGAAGUGAACAGUCCAAGAAUCGUUGAGGCUAUAUACUACGAGUGUGUACCCGUAAUCAUCGCUGAUAACUUCGUAUUGCCGUUCAGCGAAGUGCUUGAUUGGUCUGCGUUCUCGGUGGUUGUGCCGGAGAAGGAUAUUCCACGGCUUAAGGAGAUACUGUUGGAGAUUCCGAUGAGGAGAUAUCUGAAGAUGCAGAGCAACGUGAAGUUGGUUCAGAAACAUUUCUUGUGGAGCACGAAACCUAGGAGGUACGAUGUGUUUCAUAUGAUACUUCACUCUAUUUGGUUUAACUUUCUCCAUCAGAACCAAACUUCUUCUGAUCGUGUUCCUGGUUCCUGACAUCAUCCUCAAUUAUGUCAUGUGUCUGUAUAUAUAUUACAAAGAAAGAUCCAUUUAUUUAAGGGCUCGUUAAGGCCCUUCUUGAAUGUUAAUGGGUUUACUAGAUGGUUCGUCUAUUCUACUAGAUCUGUUUUCCAGAAUUUAUGGUCGAAGGAGUGGAAGGGGUACCUUGUUUAAGGCCAGGGUCGACCCUGGGCAAUGCCUAGUGAAACAUUU